CCGUGCAUUGUGGGAACGAUUUCGGCGGGUUCGGUUAAAAUGGCGCCGUUGCUAAGAGCGGGGCGCUGCGGUGGAUUAAACGGCGGCUGGUAAAUUUGAAAGGUGCUCGUCAGAUGUUUUUGCACCAUGGCAAGCUUAGAUCAGAAGUCGCCAAAUGUACUGCUGCAGAGCCUGUGCUGUCGCAUUACGGGAAAAAGCGAAGCCGAUGUUGCACACCAGUUCCAGUAUGCCGUGAGAGUUAUCGGAAGUAAUUAUGCUCCAACCAUUGAACGAGAUGAGUUUCUUGUAUCCGAAAAGAUAAAAAAAGAGCUUGUAAGGCAGAGACGAGAGGCAGAUGCAGCACUUUUCUCAGAACUUCAUCGAAAACUGCAGUCACAGGGAGUGCUGAAAAACAGAUGGUCCAUUCUCUACCUCUUGCUUAGUCUAUCUGAAGACCCCCGCAAACCACCCAACAGGGUUGCCAAUUUUACCACACUAUUUGCUCAGGCUUUGCCAAGGGAUGCUCAUUCAACCCCUUACUACUGUGCAAGGCCACAGAGCCUCCCGCUGAAUUAUCCUGACAGGACACAGUCAGCACAGAGCUCUGGUAGCAUGGGCAGCAGUGGCAUCAGCAGCCUUGGUGUAUAUGCAAUGAAUGGCCCAACUGCAACCCCCCCAUCAAUUGUUCCAGGGCACCAGACACAAGUAGUGGGAGACUCGCUCCGUCAGCAACUUGGUUCUCGGCUUGCCUGGAAUCUCUCUGCAGCCCCACCUUCAGUGCCAACAUCUACCUCAAAGGGCCUUCCCAACUCCAUGACCCGUAGUGUUCCAAGAUCUAGACGUGACUGUGAUGCAAAUAGCUGCGUCGAAAUAAGUGAAGCCUCCCUAGUAAGAGAUAUUUUGUACGUCUUCCAGGGAAUUGAUGGCAAGUGUGUCAAAAUGAGCAACCCUGAGAACUGCUAUAAAAUAGAUGCGAAGAUUGCCGUUUCAAAAUCCCUUAGAGACACUGUCAGCAGGCUGGCGGAGCUGGGAUGGCUUCAUAACAAAGUGAGAAAAUACACAGACCAGAGAAGCCUUGACAGAGCAUUUGGGCUUGUGGGCCAGAGUUUCUGUGCAUCAUUACAUCAGGAACUGAAGGAAUACUACAGGCUGCUUUCUGUUUUGCACUCCCAGUUGCAGGUUGAAGAUGAUCAAGGUGUGAACCUAGGAGUUGACAGCAAUUUGACACUGCGUCGUCUCCUUGUUUGGACGUAUGAUCCUAAAACAAGACUGAAAACCCUGGCUGCACUUGUAGAUCAUUGUCAAGGAAGAAAAGGUGGAGAACUGGCAUCUGCUGUGCAUGCCUAUGGUAAAACUGGAGACCCGUAUAUGAGGGCUUUAGUGCAGCAUAUUCUUAGUCUGGUGUCCCAUCCAAUUCUGAACUUUCUCUAUCGUUGGAUUUAUGAUGGCGAGUUAGAAGAUAUGUAUCAUGAGUUUUUUGUAGCUUCUGAUCCAACGGUGAAAACUGACAGACUCUGGCAUGACAAAUACACUCUGAGAAAAUCAAUGAUACCAUCCUUCAUCACUAGAGAUCAGGCAAGGAAGGUGUUGUUAAUUGGAAAAUCUAUUAACUUCUUGCAUCAAGUGUGCCAUGACCGAACACCACCUGGUAAAAUGAUUGCUGCUUCAAAGUCUGCAGAUUCACCUAAGGAUGCUGCUGAGCUGUUUACUGAUUUGGAAGGCGCCUUUCAAGGGAAGAUUGAUGCAGCGUAUUUUGAGACGAGUAAAUAUCUCCUUGAUGUUCUAAAUAAGAAUUACUUUUUGCUGGAGCACAUGAAGGCUAUGAGGCGAUACUUGCUUCUAGGUCAAGGAGAUUUUAUACGGCACUUAAUGGAUCUGUUGAAGCCUGAACUGGUGAGACCUGCCACAACAUUAUAUCAACAUAACCUAACCGGAAUUCUAGAGACGGCUGUGAGAGCUACCAAUGCUCAGUUUGACAGUCCUGAGAUUCUUAAGCGACUUGAUGUCAGACUUCUAGAGGUGUCUCCCGGUGACACAGGCUGGGAUGUCUUUAGUUUAGACUAUCAUGUGGAUGGACCAAUUGCAACUGUAUUCACAAGAGAGUGCAUGAGCCAUUACCUGCGAGUGUUUAAUUUCCUCUGGAGAGCAAAAAGGAUGGAGUACAUUUUGACUGAUAUAUGGAAAGGUCAAAUGUGCAAUGCAAAGCUGCUUAAAAGAAUGCCAGAACUGUCUGGAGUGCUUCAUCAGUGCCAUGUUCUGGCAUCUGAAAUGGUCCACUUCAUCCAUCAGAUGCAGUAUUAUAUCACAUUUGAGGUGUUGGAGUGCUCUUGGGAUGAGCUAUGGAACAAAGUUCAACAAGCACAGGAUUUGGACCACAUCAUUGCUGCUCAUGAAGUAUUUCUUGACACAAUCAUAACCCGCUGCCUUUUGGAUGCAAACUCCAGACCUCUCCUGAAUCAGCUGCGGGCUAUCUUUGAUCAGAUUAUAGAGUUUCAGAAUGCGCAAGAGGCCAUGUACAGGGCAGCCCUGGAGGAGCUGCAGCUUCGACUACAAUUUGAAGAACGCAAGGCACAGCAUGAAGCUGAGGGUGAAUGGGGUGUCACAGCCAGUGAAGAAGAGGUAGAAAAUAAAAGAAUUCGUGACUUCCAAGAAACAGUUCCCAAACUGUGUACGCAGUUGCAAAUUCUUACACAUUUCUAUCAGGGUGCUGUGCAGCAGUUUUUGGUGCUUUUGACUACAAGUGCAGAUGAAAGCCUUCAAUUUCUUAGCUUCCGCCUGGAUUUCAAUGAACAUUACAAAGCAAGAGAGCCCAGACUGCGACUGUCUUUGGGUUCCACGAGAGGCAGACGCAGUUUACAUACGUAGGCGACCCUGGGACUGGGGUCUCUGGUCUGAGAGGACUCUCCUGUAUGUGCCAGUAAACCACAUUUGUAUGGCUUUGGCAACUUUCCAUGUCAUCACUGAACAGUAUAGUAACUAACAAAGUAUAUACCAAAUUGACUGAAAAAUAGAACAGCACAAAAGAGCUGCAUCAUUUGGUCUUUUGUAAACCCGAUGUAUAGAAAAUUUCAAUUCGUUUUCUCCCCAGAUGUCAUUUUUUUCAUUUAACAUUCUAAAUGCUUAAAUUAUGGUUUUAUUCAUAUAAAUUGUUUGGUAUUUGAAUUGUAUGGAUCCUUUUUUAUUAUUAUUGGUAAAUCAUUGUAUAUAAAGUUGUUUUUCAACCACUUCAAAA